AACUGAGAGAUAGAGUAUAAUACAGUAACUCUUUUGACGGAGAGUUAUACCUUAAGAAGGAAUGUGUGUACCUAAUUUACCGGGAUAUAUAUAUAUAUAUAACACAGGUGGCGGGAUUCAUGUAUGCAAACGCCUUCCCUGUUCUAGCGCCGAUCAAAUACCCUCUCUCGAGAAUUAAUCAAUUCCCUUCUAAGCUUCCCUUUCUGUCCAUAAUAUUAUACAUACAAUCGAGUCCAACUGGAUUUGUGUGGUUUUUGACGUUCAAUAGGUGAAGGACGUAGAGAGUGUUUGAAUAAUGGAGAAGAAAAGUGGUACGUUAGUAAAGAAGUCAAGUGAAAAGAGAACAAUAUAUCCGAUUGGAUCGGAACAGUAUACACUUUAUGAGGAGAUAGGGCAAGGUGUUAGCGCGUUGGUUCAUCGUGCUCUUUGUAUUCCUCUCAAUGAGAUCGUUGCCAUCAAAAUCCUUGAUUUCGAACGUGAUAAAUGUGAUCUGAGCUGUGUGUCACGGGAAGCACAAAUAAUGGUCCUAGUUGACCAUCCCAAUGUUCUAAAAUCACACUGCUCCUUUGUCUCUGAUUACAAUCUAUGGGUUGUCAUGCCUUACAUGGCUGGAGGUUCCUGUCUCCACAUACUGAAGGCUGCUUAUCCAGAUGGUUUUAAAGAGGUGGUUAUUGCGACAGUUUUACGUGAAACACUAAAGGGUCUGGAAUACCUUCAUGAUCAUGGCUAUAUUCAUCGGGAUGUCAAAGCUGGAAAUAUUCUCAUUGAUUCACAUGGUGGAAUAAAGUUGGGAGAUUUUGGCGUAUCAGCCUACUUGUUUGAUUCAGGUGACAGGCAGCGUCUGCGGAAUACAUUUGUUGGAACUCCUUGUUGGAUGGCACCGGAGGUCAUGGAGCAAUUGCAUGGUUACGAUUGCAAAGCUGAUAUUUGGUCUUUUGGCAUAACUGCUUUAGAGCUUGCUCAUGGACAUGCUCCUUUCUCAAGAUACCCUCCAAUGAAGGUGUUGCUAAUGACAUUGCAAAAUGACCCCCCACGCCUUGAUUCUGAGAGGGACAGGAAGUUCUCGAAGUCCUUUAGGCAAAUGAUUGCUAGUUGCCUGGUAAAAGAUCCUACAAAAAGGCCCUCAGCCAAAAAGUUGUUGAAGCAUCCUUUCUUUAAACAAGCUAGGUCCAAUGAUUAUAUAGCAAGAACAUUGUUGGAAGGCUUGCCAGCUCUUGGCGAUCGCAUGAAAGAAUUGAAGAGAAAAGAAGAAGACAUGCUAGCACAAAAGAAGAUACCAGAUGGGCAGAAAGAAGAAAUGUCACAGAAUGAAUAUAAACGUGGGAUUAGCGGCUGGAGCUUCAAUCUUGAAGAUUUGAAGGCACAGGCUUCCUUGAUUCCAGAUGAGGAAAUUAUUGGUGAGAAUGACCAAGGUGAUAGUACAAAUGCUCUGCCGGGGCUUGAGAACCAAGGAAACCGGCUUCAAUAUCAGUUAUCUUCUCUAACACUUCCAAAGCUUCAGCAUCAAUUCUCCUUUGGAAGUCAAAGUUCAGAUGCUACAGGAUUUGAUGAUAACAAUGCAUCUGCUCCUCCUUCACCUGCCGAGCGGACCAUGGCUUGUACCAGAGCUAAAUUUGAGAAGUCUGAUGAUGAUUUAAGCAUUGCUAGUUCGUUCCAUGAAGCUCAAAUUUCACAAAAUUCUUCUCCAUGCUAUGAGGAGAGGAAUUUACUAGGAAAAGGUGAACAAGGGACUCAUGCAGAAACAUUUGAGGGCAUGCCCAUAAAUUCUUGUCAAAGUUCAUCCCAAAACGUAUCCAGUUGCAAUGUGGCUUUUCCUCAAACAGCAAAUGAUUUGCCAGCUGAAGCAUCCAUUAAACAUUCAAGAACUUCAGCCGGUAGCAGUGAAGAUUUUGAGGAGAAGACUAAGUAUCAAGUUGUUCAGCAGAGGGGACGAUUUAAAGUUACCUCUGAGAAUGUUGAUGUGGAAAAGGUGACUCCAGAAAAUCUGGCUGCCACUCAACCAUUACCACCUGAUCCUACACCAGCAAAUCUUUCUUCCCAGUCCAUAUUUCCAAUGUUGCAAAACGCUUUACAGGCAACUAUUAUUGGAAGAGAGAGUAUUCUUAGUGCAAUGAGACAAGUGACCCGUGGUGACUCCACAGCUAACCUUGCAAUGGAUGCGGGAUGCAUUCCAUCAAAUUCAGCUGGAGUAGAGAAAUCACUGUUGGAGGCAGCUCUUGAGAGGGAGAAGGAUUUACAUCGUGAAAAUGCUGAUUUACGGUGGAGGCUCGAGCGCGCACAGGAAGAGCUUCAAAAAUAUAAAGCAGAAAAUAGAAGCUCGAAGUGACAUUUCUACAUCAAAGUGUAGAAGGAGAUAGCUGACUUUGUAAAUGAGAUAUCAUAGUUAAUUGUUCCUCCGUACAAUUAGUUUGUUUCUUGGAGGGGGUAAGUUGUUUUUUUUUCUUUUUUUCUUUUUCACUUUCCUUUUUCACUUGUUUCUGAUUGUUCUUGUUGUUCUAGGCUGAUUCGUGUACAUGCUGAAGUUUAGAGAAUAUAAUACUUAGUGAUAUUGAUUCAUAUAUUUAUUUACAACCUUAACAAGAAUUUGCUGUUUUUUUUUUGUUACACCAUAGGAAAGAUUGUAGUUGGGGGUGGUAGUCUUUGUAACUUAAAGUACUUUUUAAUAAAAAAGAAUUGAUGGAUCUGACUAUACUUGAAUACAUUGAAGUCCUCCAUUAGCACGUCAUUUUAGCUAUCUAUUUCAUAGCGUGUGAUGUUCUUAAAACCGAGUGGGACAUUGUUUCUUAUUAUCUAACCAUCCUUGGUU